AUGGAAGGCAAUAACGGUCGCGACUGUACUUCCUGCGUCAAUACAGAGAAAAAUAUUCUUAUUCACCAAACAAAUCCAACACAGCAAAAUAACACCGUCAGGAUGCCCUCGUACUGGGUCAACGUCUUCUUCUCAGUCAACGACGCCCUCCUAUCCGACGCCGAUCUCAUCGAGAAGAUCCAUUCCUAUAUUCUGAAUCGCGAAGCGAGUAUCACCACGGAGCCCGAAGACGAGAUAGUAGGUCAUUGUCUAUCGAUCAAGGUCAAACCAGCGCGGUACAUGUCAAAAUUAACAAGCGGGACUGCCGACGGUUUGUAUCAUAUGGCCGAUGACAGGAUCCAUCAGUGGAUCGUUGACUUUCCACAGGACGGACUUCCUUUUUCUCGAUCUCAUGCCUUUCGUUAG